AUGCAAUUUUUGGUAAAAUCUUCACGUCGAGUUGGAUUUUUCGGUUUUGCUACAGCCACAGCUUCACAUAAAGAUAUUGCAGGAAAGAAUUUCUUAAGAUUCUAAAGCAAAUAUGCUGAAUAUGUUACUCAAUUCAAUCAAAAGCUGUAAUCUAUGUCUUUGUAAAAUUUGAUAGUGAAGCUAUUGAAAAAGAGAAUAAAGCUCCAAAUGUUGCACCAUAAGGCAAAGUAUUUGAACACCCAUACAACAAUCCACAUAACCCUGUAAAUUUCAGUGGUGUAAGUGCUAAUUACUAAGCUAGAUCAAAUCAUCUGAAUUGUUUUACAAUUUUAUUGGACCAGAAUAAGUAUCACCACAUUAUGAAAAUUUCCUUGUGGCUAGAAAAUACCUUCUACUUACUUAUGGUGGUUUGAUAGUUAUUGGAUUUGCUGCAGGUACAACUAAUCUACAUUGGAUUGCUAAAUCAUCAUUUUUACCAUUCUUAUUCUGGAUGCAAAUUAUGUACUUUUACUUGGAAGGUCGUAAAUCAUUCAUGAAACCAUUACUUGCUAGAUUUUACAGAAGAGUAGCUGGAAAUGAAUGUUUCUAACUUGAUUAAUAUUAUCAUGAAAAUAUGCAACUCAAAAUUAGAACUCUUUUAGAAGCAGCCAAAGGAUAAAUAGAAUAUGGUUAAUUACAUAAAGAAUUUAGAGAUGUUAAAGCAGAAUUAAUUAAUACAGUAUAUUAUUAUCAUUUAUAUUUAAGUUCUUAAUGA